AUGAAUCCUGAAUAUGACUACCUGUUCAAGCUUCUGCUCAUCGGCGACUCUGGAGUUGGAAAGUCGUGUCUGCUGCUGCGCUUCGCGGACGACACCUACACCGAGAGCUACAUCUCCACCAUCGGCGUCGACUUCAAGAUCAGGACCAUCGACAUGGACGGGAAGACGGUGAAACUACAGAUCUGGGACACAGCAGGUCAGGAGAGGUUUCGAACCAUCACCUCCAGCUACUACAGAGGGGCUCACGGUAUCAUCAUCGUGUACGACGUCACUGAGCAGGAGUCCUUCAACAACGUGAAGCAGUGGCUGGAUGAGAUCGAUCGCUACGCCUGUGAAAACGUCUCCCGGCUGCUGGUGGGAAACAAGUCUGACCUCGUUAGUAAGAAAGUGGUGGAUGCUGCCACCGCUCAGGACCUGGCUUCCUCCCUGAAGAUCCCCUUUCUGGAGACGAGCGCCAAGAGCUCCGAUAACGUGGAGAGGGCUUUCCUCACCAUGGCCUCCGAGAUCCACAAGCGCCUGGCCAGCGAGGGAGGAGGCAUGCAGGGCGACCCGACGGACGGCAGGGCUCAGAGCGCCAAGAUCAACAGCGCCCCCCUGUGGCUGGGAGGGGACAAACAGACGCAGGAGGCCAGCAACUGCUGCUGA